AUUCUUCCAAUCAUGUCGACCGGAUAUGCCCUCGUUCUCCCGGCAGUGGUUUUUGUGCUUUCUAGCCAGCCCGUGUUUCGGCAACUCGUCUGCGUUCCGGAAGGUCAUCCUCCCAGCAGUGGCCCGCGUUCCGAAGAGUCGUCCUCCUGGCAGUUUUUUGUGCGCGUCCCAGCAGCAGCCCGCGUUUCCGCAACUCGACCGUGUUCAGGAGGGCCGUCCUCUCUCUACGGCGGACUUCCGGUAGAAUUCUGGUUGCGUGGCCUGUUACCACCGCGGCACCUUCAGCUUGCACGAAAGCACAAGAACCUUCAGGGUGCUGAGAUGCAGGUACCUGCGUAGAAUUUGGAUUGCGGUCGUCGACCUUCGAUGAUUUGAUGACCGCCAGACUAGGAGAGCAUCACAGAUUGCCACCAGGAUACAUAUUUUAGUCCAGGUUGAAGCGGAGCCGUUGAAGAACGUGCAUAACGUGUGCCAGUAUUGUCUGGCAGUUUGAGCCAAGAAAGCAGCUGAACGAAAAAAAGGUUGGAGCUGAGUAAAUAUUCGAAAAGGUUCAUUAACUACAAGGCGCAGAGUACGGGAACCUGAUCUGCACUGAACGACUCAACUCAACUCAGAUCCGCAUAUGACAUCAGUUUCAAAAAGUACAUCAACGAACUCGACACGGCGAUAUUUUAAUAGGAUUUAAUAGGGUUUACAAAAAAAACGAUACUAAUAAUACUAAUAAUUGUAUGGAAAAACCUCUUACACUUUUCUGCACGUUUUUAUUCAGAAAAAUUAGAAAAUAAAGUCAUGCAAUAUAAAAUCAUCGACAUGCAACACUUUUCUUUCUAUGCACGUGGUGGACUCACAUGGGGAAGUUGAAUAGCAAUGCCGAUGAAGUAAUCUAAUCUGAAGAUGUGACCGGCCUUUUGAGCGAUUUGUACUUUGUGGGUUUCACUGAAGGAAUUCAUUUUGUGUUUUGUUUUGUGAAAGUUUUUAAUACAAAAAGUUUAUUUGCGUGUUGGUGUUUGCAAACGCCC